AUGGCUUCUGGAAAUUACAGCCACACUCUGUUGUUUGCACAAGACAAGGAACCUUUGAUAGACGAUGAUGUCCUCAAUGUUUUAAUUAUCAUUUUCUAUGUCAGUGCCAUGGGCUCUGUCUGUUUCUUUGGAGCUAUAUUCAACGCGAUUAACAUUUAUGUGUUUUUCAAGCAAGGAUUCAAGGACACCGUCAACAUAACUCUUUUCAGUCUGGCCGUUUCCGAUAUGGGAGCUCUGGUACCGCUCCUGUGGAUGAGUGUCUGCUUCAACCCUUUGUUCGCCCAAUCUGUUCUGCCUGUGGUUUAUCAUGACCUAGCCUAUAUAACAUCUGGGUGGCCUCACACUAUUUUCGCUCGGAUCUCCAGCUGGAUCACAGCCUUUGUCACAUUUGAGAGGUGUCUGUGUAUCGCUCUGCCCCUCAAAGUGAAGACAAUCAUAACACCGAGACGUACUAUUUACGUAGUUGUCAGCAUAUACAUAAGCGUGGCUGCUUGUGUUGCUCCCGUGUUCUAUUCUAUCAGGCUGGGGCCAAAAUAUAUUUCAGAAAUAAACAUGACCAUGAUAGGAGUAGUUUAUACCUCCCACGGCGUUAUGAUUGAAGGUAUAUCUCUUCUCAUCAGCUCUGCCUCCCAGCUUGUUUCAUUCUUCUCAGUCAUCAUGUGUACGGUAAUCCUUGUCCAAAACCUUCUAAUCAAAUCAAAAUGGCGCCAGUCGAGUUCCAGCGCUGCAAAGCAGGAAUCUUUAUCGAAUAGAGACAUGAAAGUUGUGAAAAUGGUUCUGUCUAUUGCCGUAAUCUUCAUAGUUUGCUUCUCCCCCAGUGCUGCCAACAUCUUUGCGAUGAUGUCGGUCACAGAGUACAGCAUUGACGGGGAAUACAAGAACAUGUUUCUGUUCAUAUGGGCUAUAUCCUUCCUGCUGGUUGUGAUAAAUUCAGCGGUGAAUAUAUUUGUGUAUUACUACAUGAGUUCGAAAUUUAAAGAAAUUCUCGACGAAACGCUCAACAGAAUGAGAGGGAAAUGCCGUGCGUGAGGUACAUGGACGCUCGUUGUGUUACGCCCUCUCUCACGUAUGGAUUUUAUACACGGGUCCUCAGAGACAACUCGCUAAUCUAGAAUAUUACAAAGUUCUAUCU